AUGGAGGACGACAUUGAAGUUAAGCGAGAAGACGCACGUCCACUCACCACCGGCAGAGACGACAAUGACAAGUCAAGGGUCCAGCACGGCGGCAAGAGGCCUGUCGACCCCUUUGCAGAGGACGACGACGAUGACAUAGACGCGCGUGGCGACAAUGAUGAUGAAGAAGACCAAGAGGAUGAAGAAGACGACGAGGACGAUGAAGAUGAUGACGAGGAGGACGAUGACGAGGAGGAAGGUGCCAGCGGUGGUCGCCGUCGUGCCAAAAAGCAGCGUCGAAACCGUUUCCUCGAUGUCGAAGCCGAGGUCGACGACGAUGAAGAGGACCUCGACGAAGAGGAGGAGGAGCUUGCACGAGAGGACGGUUUCAUCGAAGAAGACAUCCCCGACGAUACCGAAGAUGUUCAGAGACGCGCUGCUCAAGACAACCAGAGGCUCGACCGCUUCCGAAGACAAGAAGAGGAUACCAAUGCAGAAGCGCUCGCAGAAGAGUUGCGCCAACGAUAUGGUCGCUCUGCUCGAUAUGCAGCUCAGUCCGAUUAUGCCGAGGUGCCGCAACGCUUGCUCAUGCCCUCAGUCGAAGAUCCGAGCUUGUGGGGUGUUCCUUGCAAGCCUGGUAGGGAGAGGGAUAUCGUCAUGACGCUUGUGCGCAAGGCCAUGGCUGAAAACUUCACAUCCAGCCCUAUGCGCAUCAUCUCUGCCUUCUGCCGAGACACGAUCCCCGGUCGAAUUUAUGUUGAAGCAAGAAGAGCCGAUGAUGUUGUUAAGACUUGCAACGGUCUUGCUGGUGUCUAUGCACGACAGACCACGUCGCUCCACCUCAUUCCUAUCUCUGAAAUGGCCGACCUCCUCAAAUUGCAAAAGGUUCAGAACGAGAUCCAGGUCGGUGGAUGGGUCCGUAUCAAGCGAGGCAAGUAUGCCGGUGAUUUGGCUCAAGUUCUCGAUGUCUCGGAAAAUGGCGAAGAAGUCGGUCUCAAGAUGAUCCCACGGAUCGACCUCAACCCCAAGGACAGCGGUCUCUACACCGACAGCCUUGGUCGCAAGAGGAAGAAGGGAGCCGGUUCGUCCGCCACCACAGUCGCCUUCCGUCCCCCGCAGCGUUUCUUCUACCCCGAAGAAGUUCAGAAAGCCUAUCCCAAGGAUACGCCAACCAAACGUGGCAGUCAAUGGGUCUUCCAAAACGACAGUUACCGCGACGGAUACCUCGAGAAGGACGUCCGAGUUACAGGCAUCAUCACCGAAAAUGUCAACCCUACCCUGGACGAAAUCACAAAAUUUGCAGGUGAAAGCUCUGUUGAGGACGGCAUGAAGCUUGGCGCUGUCGAUCUCAGCUUGAUCGCCGACGCCAGCAAGAAAGCCACCGAGGCUCUCAUUCAGCCCAAGGACCAGGUCGAGAUCUUCGAAGGUGAACAGGCAGGUGUCUACGGUACUGUCAAGGCGAUCAACAACGAGGUCAUCACCAUCCAGCUCGAGCACGAGGACCUCAUGGAUCAGAUCGUCGAAGUGCCCGCACGCAGUGUCCGCAAGCGCUUCAAGCCUGGUGACCACAUCAAGGUCAUGUCCGGCAAGCACGCCGAUGAGACCGGUCUCGUUGUCAAGGUAGAGGACAAUGUGACUACUUUCCUGUCAGACUUGUCGAUGCAGGAAGUCUCCGUCUUCAGCAAAGAUAUCCGUCAGGCUGCCGAGGUCGGCUCCGGUGUCAACGUCAUCAGUGGAUAUGAGCUCCACAACCUUGUACAGCUUGAUGCCCAGACAGUCGGUAUCAUCUUCAACAUCGAGCGCGAGAGUUUUAAAGUGCUCGACCAGACCGGCCAGGUGGUUACCGUCAAGCCGCAUCAAAUUAGCACAAAGAAGGACACCAGCCGCGCCUUUGCGCUCGACCACGACGGAAACGAGGUCCGCGCAGGUGACAUGGUCAAGGAGGUCGCUGGGCCUUUCUCACGCAUGCGUCAGGGUCAAGUUCUGCACAUCUACCAGUCCAUGAUCGUUUUCUUACACAACCGCGAAUACACCGAGAACGGAGGUGUCUUCAUCGCCCGUGCUCGUACAUUGGAGCCGCUCGCGCCCAAGAGCGUCUCGACCAAGACGAAGAAAGAGGGUGGUGAUCUGUCCAAGAUGAACCCUGCUUUGUCCAACCUGAGCGGCGGAGGUGCCAACGACGUCCGCGUUGAAGGUGUCAGGCGUCUUGGUGGACGUGACAUGCACAAGGGCAAAAACGUAGCCAUCAUCAAGGGACCGUACAAGACCUACCGCGGUCGCAUCACAGAAACGACGGGCAACAUGGCACGUAUCGAGCUUACCUCGGUCUCAAAACCCAUCACCGUCAGCCUCGACUGGCUUGUCGAGAAGGACCCAAUCACAGGUCGCAGCACCAAAUUGACCUCUGGCGGCUCAGCACCCAGCCGUGGCGGGUACAACGGAAUGGGCUCGAGCAAUGGCGGCGGUAUGUCAAGCAACCCUUACUCUUCCAGCGGUGGCGGCUCGAUGGGCGGCUACGGAGGCGGAGGUGGAUACAACCCAUAUAGCUCAUCGCAACCCGCCGCAGCUGCUGCUGGUGGCUACGGUGCAUUUUCGGGCGGCGGUAGCGGCGGAUGGGAUAGCUACUCACAGCCAGUUGCGACACAAGCCUCAGCAGGUGGUGGCUACGGGGUCGCAGGGGCCAAAACGCCUGCUUACAACCCUUACGCUGGUGAUGGUGGCAAGACACCAGCGUACAAUCCGUAUGGAGAUGGCGGCAAGACACCAGCAUACAACCCGCUUGGAGAUGGCGGCAAGACGCCUGCUUACAAUCCAGCAGCGGACGGCGGACGCACGCCUGGGUACAAUCCUUAUGGUGAUGGAGGACGCACACCAGCGUACUGGGGGUAG